AUGUCGUCCUCAGACUCCGUUCUUCCUUACUUCGAACUUAGCUGGGCCAUCUUAAGCACUUUCGAUUUACUCAAUGUUGUCGCUGCGAUAUUGAUUGUUCCAAUAACGGGCUUCUCCACGCUGUGGGCCGUGCCCGUUGUGUGUUCUAUCACAUCAGCUAUUGCGAAUGGCCUGUGUUACAUAGCAUACUACUCUAACGCUUCUACAAGUGCAAAAGUGCUAGCAGCCGCUUUUGCAGACAUGUUUUGGUUGAUUCAAGAAGCUGGACUAUGCUUUUACAGUUACGACAUCCUCCGACGAUUCCUACAAGGAAAAUCCAGAAUCGUUUUCUUCUCACUCUUCUGGUUUCUUAUAGUAUCUGUCGUCGCCUUCCGCAUUGCUAUCCUCAGUAACAGAAUUCUCGAUAUUCAAUCUAGCAGCACUACUAGACAACUCCUCAUAAAUGAGCUUCAUAUUGGCUAUUUUGGCUCCUUGGCUCUUAUUGAAACCAUUAGCGCUUUCUUCCUUCUCCGGAUCUUUAUCCGAGGCGAGCGCCAGACUCGGUUUCUCACCUCAGGGAGCAACUUGUUCAAACAACUCAUACUCAGCACUGAGGUCCGAGUCUCCUCAUUAGCUAUCAUUGGUAUCGGUCGAACAAUUACGUAUCACUUCCACACGACGGCGCAGAGCGCUACCAAUUUAGCUGGCGAAUUGGAUCGCUUGCUAACAACGUGCGUAAAUUACUUCCCUAUAAUCAUGCUAAUCGACCUCUUAUCUACCCGCAUCGCCAACGCCGAAGGGACCAGUAAUGCCACAUCGGCUCAUCAGAGAUCUACUAAAGGCGACCCUGUCACAAUAGAGCUCAACCGGGUGAACAACGAAGCGCGUAAAGACAUAGAUCGGCAAACGUUUGUGCGGAUUGAGCCCAUUCCAGCCGAGCAGAGCUCAAUGGAUAGCACAAUUCCAUGCCAGAAAGCUAUUUUAAAAUCAAGCACAUUCACUGUGGAGCGAACGGAGGUAGCAGUGCAUCCAGUUUAG